CUGCGGACAAUUUCAGUUUGUCGCGAUAUACAUCUGCUCCUGCAACGAACUUCACAGUUGUUAAGUGGAUUUCUUGCAGAGAAUUCAGAAAAAAUUUCAUUUUUCAUGAGAAAUAUUCAACUUGUAAGUAAAUUAUAUCGAAAUGGAUGUAUUCAACCUGUUAUGUCUCUGAGAAAUUUAUCUCGUGCUCCGGUUCUUUUACAAACUGCCGAAUAGGUUCAAGAAAAAUCUGAGAUUUCCAGUCAGGAACAAUUGAUUAACGAAGACAAACUUAAGAAACAAGAAAAAAGUUGAGGUUUUAUUAAUCUUGAUAGAACUGUAGAAAUACCAGUGGAAACGAGUAUAAAAUACAUUGAAAGCGAAGCCUAUAAAACAACAUACGGCGAUAAUCCCAUUUGAAAAUUGUAUAGACGAAAUUUUAAAGGUCAAUUUGCUCCGAGAAAAACGAGAAAAACUUUGAUUUAUUUAAAUCUCCAAUACUUACAAUACAAGUUUGAUUUAUUUAAAUCUCCAAUACUUACAAUACAUGUCCGAAAGUAAACCUCCGUCUGAUAACCGACCACCCAUUGAAAAAUUUGAUUGCGUUGCAUCAUCGCCAACAACGUAUAAUGAAUCUUAUUAAAAGAAAGUUGAAGAAUAAAGAAGAAGAGAAGAAGAAGAAGAAAAACGAAGAAGAUGCAAAUAGAAAGAAACUAGACGAAGUUUUAAAGAGAAAAUUAAAGGAAGAAGAAGAGAAGAAGAAGAAGGAAGAAGAAAAGGAACCUCCUAUAUUAAAAAGAGAAGUAAUCGCGGAUAAACCAGACGAGUUAUUCCAGUUAUUUCGAGUAUUCCAAAACCGGAUGGCGUUGUAAGUUGAUCACCACUGCAACAAAAUUUCAAUUCAUGGACCGGUUGAUUUCAGAUGGAGAAACAAUGGCCACAAGCCGGUGUCAAGCAUUAUACAUUUGAUCCAGCUAAAUAAAUAAUUCUUAAUUUACAGAUAAAAUAAUUAAAUAAGCAGAAUGAAAAUUUGUUAAUAAUCACUAAUUUUUGGUGAAAUAUGUAUAUAAAUAUUCUGCAAAAAAUAUAUAGAAAACGAAUAUUUAAAUUUUUUGU